UAUAAGAAGCGUCGUUCGGCGAGUUCGCCGCUCAGAAGCGCCGAGAGCGCGGCCGGGACGGUUGGAGAAGAAGGCGGCUCCCGGAAGGGGGAGAGACAAACUGCCGUAACCUCUGCCGUACAGGAGCCCGGUUACUUAUUUAUUCGUUACCCUUUUUCUUCUUCCUCCCCCAAAAACCUUUUCCUUUCCCCUUCUUUUUUUUUCCUUUUUGGGAGCUGAAAAAUUUCCGGUAAGGGAAAGAAGGGCUCCUUUCGCUCCUUAUUUCCCCGCCUCCUUCCCUCCCCCACCUUCCCCUCCUCCGGCUUUUUCCUCCCAACUCGGGGAGGUCCUUCCCGGUGGCCGCCCUGAGGAGGUCUGAGCACCUAGGCGGAGGCGGCGCAGGCUUUUUGUAGUGAGGUUUGCGCCUGCGCAGCGCGCCUGCCUCUGCCAUGCACGGGGGUGGCCCCCCCUCUGGGGACAGCGCAUGCCCGCUGCGCACCAUCAAGAGAGUCCAGUUCGGAGUCCUGAGUCCGGAUGAACUGAAGCGAAUGUCUGUGACGGAGGGUGGCAUCAAGUACCCAGAGACGACUGAGGGAGGCCGCCCCAAGCUUGGGGGGCUGAUGGACCCGAGGCAGGGGGUAAUUGAGCGGACUGGCCGCUGCCAAACAUGUGCAGGAAACAUGACAGAGUGUCCUGGCCACUUUGGCCACAUUGAACUGGCCAAGCCUGUGUUUCACGUGGGCUUCCUGGUGAAGACAAUGAAAGUUUUGCGCUGUGUCUGCUUCUUCUGCUCCAAACUGCUUGUGGACUCUAACAACCCAAAGAUCAAGGACAUCCUGGCUAAGUCCAAGGGACAGCCCAAGAAGCGGCUUACACAUGUCUACGACCUUUGCAAGGGCAAAAACAUCUGCGAGGGUGGGGAGGAGAUGGACAACAAGUUCGGUGUGGAACAACCUGAGGGUGACGAGGAUCUGACCAAAGAAAAGGGCCAUGGUGGCUGUGGGCGGUACCAGCCCAGGAUCCGGCGUUCCGGCCUAGAGCUGUAUGCGGAAUGGAAGCACGUUAAUGAGGACUCUCAGGAGAAGAAGAUCCUGCUGAGUCCAGAGCGAGUGCAUGAGAUCUUCAAACGCAUCUCAGAUGAGGAGUGUUUUGUGCUGGGCAUGGAGCCCCGCUAUGCACGGCCAGAGUGGAUGAUUGUCACAGUGCUGCCUGUGCCCCCGCUCUCUGUGCGGCCUGCUGUCGUGAUGCAGGGCUCUGCCCGUAACCAGGAUGACCUGACUCACAAACUGGCUGACAUUGUGAAGAUCAACAAUCAGCUGCGGCGCAAUGAGCAGAAUGGCGCAGCGGCCCAUGUCAUUGCAGAGGAUGUGAAGCUCCUCCAGUUCCAUGUGGCCACCAUGGUGGACAAUGAGCUGCCUGGCUUGCCCCGUGCCAUGCAGAAGUCCGGGCGUCCCCUCAAGUCCCUGAAGCAGCGGUUGAAGGGCAAGGAAGGCCGGGUGCGAGGGAACCUGAUGGGCAAACGAGUGGAUUUCUCGGCCCGUACUGUCAUCACCCCCGACCCCAACCUCUCCAUUGACCAGGUUGGCGUGCCCCGCUCCAUUGCUGCCAACAUGACCUUUGCGGAGAUUGUCACCCCCUUCAACAUUGACAGACUUCAAGAACUAGUGCGCAGGGGGAACAGCCAGUACCCAGGUGCCAAGUACAUCAUCCGAGACAAUGGUGAUCGCAUUGACUUGCGUUUCCACCCCAAGCCCAGUGACCUUCACCUGCAGACCGGCUAUAAGGUGGAACGGCACAUGUGUGAUGGGGACAUUGUUAUCUUCAACCGGCAGCCAACUCUGCACAAAAUGUCCAUGAUGGGGCAUCGGGUCCGCAUUCUCCCCUGGUCUACCUUUCGCUUGAAUCUUAGUGUGACAACUCCGUACAAUGCAGACUUUGAUGGGGAUGAGAUGAACUUGCAUCUGCCACAGUCUCUGGAGACACGAGCAGAGAUCCAGGAGCUGGCCAUGGUUCCUCGCAUGAUUGUCACACCCCAGAGCAAUCGGCCUGUCAUGGGUAUUGUGCAGGACACACUCACAGCAGUGCGCAAAUUCACCAAGAGAGACGUCUUCCUGGAGCGGGGUGAAGUGAUGAACCUCCUGAUGUUCCUGUCGACGUGGGACGGCAAGGUCCCACAGCCGGCCAUCCUAAAGCCCCGACCUCUGUGGACAGGCAAGCAGAUCUUCUCCCUCAUCAUACCUGGUCACAUCAAUUGUAUCCGUACCCACAGCACCCAUCCCGAUGAUGAAGACAGUGGCCCUUACAAGCACAUCUCUCCUGGGGACACCAAGGUGGUGGUGGAGAAUGGGGAGCUGAUCAUGGGCAUCCUGUGUAAGAAGUCUCUGGGCACGUCAGCUGGCUCCCUGGUCCACAUCUCCUACCUAGAGAUGGGGCAUGACAUCACUCGCCUCUUCUACUCCAACAUUCAGACUGUCAUUAACAACUGGCUCCUCAUCGAGGGUCAUACUAUUGGCAUUGGGGACUCCAUUGCUGAUUCUAAGACUUACCAGGACAUUCAGAACACUAUUAAGAAGGCCAAGCAGGAUGUAAUAGAGGUCAUCGAGAAGGCACACAACAACGAGCUGGAGCCCACCCCAGGGAACACUCUGAGGCAGACGUUUGAGAAUCAGGUGAACCGCAUUCUCAACGAUGCCCGAGACAAGACUGGCUCCUCUGCUCAGAAAUCCCUGUCUGAAUACAACAACUUCAAGUCUAUGGUCGUGUCCGGAGCUAAAGGUUCCAAGAUUAACAUCUCCCAGGUCAUUGCUGUCGUUGGGCAGCAGAAUGUGGAGGGCAAGCGGAUUCCAUUUGGCUUCAAGCACCGGACUCUGCCUCACUUCAUCAAGGAUGACUACGGGCCUGAGAGCCGUGGCUUUGUGGAGAACUCCUACCUAGCUGGCCUCACACCCACUGAGUUCUUUUUCCACGCCAUGGGGGGUCGUGAGGGGCUCAUUGACACGGCUGUCAAGACUGCUGAGACUGGAUACAUCCAGCGGCGGCUGAUUAAGUCCAUGGAGUCAGUGAUGGUGAAGUACGAUGCGACUGUGCGGAACUCCAUCAACCAGGUGGUGCAGCUGCGCUACGGUGAAGACGGCCUGGCAGGCGAGAGUGUUGAGUUCCAGAACCUGGCUACGCUUAAGCCUUCCAACAAGGCUUUUGAGAAGAAGUUCCGCUUUGAUUAUACCAAUGAGAGGGCCCUGCGGCGCACUCUGCAGGAGGACCUGGUGAAGGACGUGCUGAGCAACGCACACAUCCAGAAUGAGUUGGAGCGGGAAUUUGAGCGGAUGCGGGAGGAUCGGGAGGUGCUCAGGGUCAUCUUCCCAACUGGAGACAGCAAGGUCGUCCUCCCCUGUAACCUGCUGCGGAUGAUCUGGAAUGCUCAGAAAAUCUUCCACAUCAACCCGCGCCUUCCCUCCGACCUGCACCCCAUCAAAGUGGUGGAGGGAGUCAAGGAAUUGAGCAAGAAGCUGGUGAUUGUGAAUGGGGAUGACCCACUAAGUCGACAGGCCCAGGAAAAUGCCACGCUGCUCUUCAACAUCCACCUGCGGUCCACAUUGUGUUCACGCCGCAUGGCAGAGGAGUUUCGGCUCAGUGGGGAGGCCUUCGACUGGCUGCUUGGGGAGAUUGAGUCCAAGUUCAACCAAGCCAUUGCCCAUCCUGGGGAAAUGGUGGGAGCUCUGGCCGCACAGUCCCUUGGAGAACCUGCCACCCAGAUGACCUUGAAUACCUUCCACUAUGCUGGUGUGUCUGCGAAGAAUGUGACGCUGGGUGUGCCCCGACUUAAGGAGCUCAUCAACAUUUCCAAGAAGCCGAAGACCCCUUCACUUACUGUCUUCCUGUUGGGCCAGUCCGCUCGAGAUGCUGAGAGAGCCAAGGAUAUUCUGUGCCGCCUGGAGCAUACAACGUUGAGGAAGGUUACUGCCAACACAGCCAUCUACUAUGACCCCAACCCCCAGAGCACAGUGGUGGCAGAGGAUCAGGAGUGGGUGAAUGUCUACUAUGAAAUGCCUGACUUUGAUGUGGCCCGAAUCUCCCCCUGGCUGUUGCGAGUGGAGCUGGAUCGGAAGCACAUGACUGACCGGAAGCUCACCAUGGAGCAGAUUGCUGAAAAGAUCAAUGCUGGUUUUGGUGACGACUUGAACUGCAUCUUUAAUGAUGACAAUGCAGAGAAGCUGGUGCUCCGUAUUCGCAUCAUGAACAGCGAUGAGAACAAGAUGCAAGAGGAGGAAGAGGUGGUGGACAAGAUGGAUGAUGAUGUCUUCCUGCGCUGCAUCGAGUCCAACAUGCUGACAGAUAUGACCCUGCAGGGCAUCGAGCAGAUCAGCAAGGUGUACAUGCACUUGCCACAGACAGACAACAAGAAGAAGAUCAUCAUCACGGAGGAUGGGGAAUUCAAGGCCCUGCAGGAGUGGAUCCUGGAGACGGACGGCGUGAGCUUGAUGCGGGUGCUGAGUGAGAAGGACGUGGACCCCGUACGCACCACGUCCAAUGACAUCGUGGAGAUCUUCACGGUGCUGGGCAUUGAAGCCGUGCGGAAGGCCCUGGAGCGGGAGCUGUACCACGUCAUCUCCUUUGAUGGCUCCUAUGUCAAUUACCGACACUUGGCUCUCUUGUGUGAUACCAUGACCUGUCGUGGCCACUUGAUGGCCAUCACCCGACACGGAGUCAACCGCCAGGACACAGGACCACUCAUGAAGUGUUCCUUUGAGGAAACGGUGGACGUGCUUAUGGAAGCAGCCGCACAUGGCGAGAGUGACCCCAUGAAGGGGGUCUCUGAGAAUAUCAUGCUGGGCCAGCUGGCUCCGGCCGGCACCGGCUGCUUUGACCUCCUGCUUGAUGCAGAGAAGUGCAAGUAUGGCAUGGAGAUCCCCACCAAUAUCCCCGGCCUGGGGGCUGCUGGACCCACCGGCAUGUUCUUUGGUUCAGCACCCAGUCCCAUGGGUGGAAUCUCUCCUGCCAUGACACCUUGGAACCAGGGUGCAACCCCCGCCUAUGGCGCCUGGUCCCCCAGUGUUGGGAGUGGAAUGACCCCAGGGGCAGCCGGCUUCUCUCCCAGUGCUGCGUCAGAUGCCAGCGGCUUCAGCCCAGGUUACUCCCCUGCCUGGUCUCCCACACCGGGCUCUCCGGGGUCUCCAGGUCCCUCAAGCCCCUACAUCCCUUCACCAGGUGAGUUGUCGCCAUCUGUCGGGCCAGGUUUGUUUUCCUCCUCAGUUCUGGGUGAGUCUGUCCAUUGCUCAUCUCCUUUGUUGGUUGCUUGCCCACAGGUGGUGCCAUGUCUCCCAGCUACUCGCCAACGUCACCUGCCUACGAGCCCCGCUCUCCUGGGGGCUACACACCCCAGAGUCCCUCUUAUUCCCCCACUUCACCCUCCUACUCCCCUACCUCUCCAUCCUAUUCUCCAACCAGUCCCAACUAUAGUCCCACAUCACCCAGCUAUUCGCCAACGUCACCCAGCUACUCACCGACCUCUCCCAGCUACUCACCGACUUCUCCCAGCUACUCGCCCACCUCUCCCAGCUACUCGCCCACCUCUCCCAGCUACUCACCCACUUCCCCUAGCUACUCACCCACCUCUCCCAGCUACUCACCAACGUCUCCCAGCUACUCGCCGACAUCUCCCAGCUACUCGCCAACUUCACCCAGCUAUUCUCCCACUUCCCCCAGCUACUCACCGACCUCUCCAAGCUAUUCACCCACCUCUCCCAGCUACUCACCCACUUCCCCAAGUUACUCACCUACCAGCCCGAACUAUUCUCCAACCAGUCCCAAUUACACCCCAACGUCACCCAGCUACAGCCCAACAUCACCCAGCUAUUCACCUACUAGUCCCAACUACACGCCUACCAGCCCUAACUAUAGCCCAACCUCUCCAAGCUACUCUCCAACAUCACCCAGCUAUUCCCCGACCUCACCAAGUUACUCCCCUUCCAGCCCACGAUACACACCACAGUCUCCAACCUAUACCCCAAGCUCACCCAGCUACAGCCCCAGCUCGCCCAGCUACAGCCCAACCUCACCCAAGUAUACCCCAACCAGUCCUUCUUACAGUCCCAGCUCCCCAGAGUAUACCCCAACCUCUCCCAAGUACUCACCUACCAGUCCCAAAUAUUCACCCACCUCUCCCAAGUACUCGCCUACCAGUCCCACCUAUUCACCCACCACCCCGAAAUACUCCCCAACAUCUCCUACUUAUUCUCCAACCUCUCCAGUCUACACCCCAACCUCUCCUAAGUACUCACCUACUAGCCCCACUUACUCGCCCACUUCCCCCAAGUACUCGCCCACCAGCCCCACCUACUCGCCCACCUCCCCCAAAGGCUCAACCUACUCCCCCACUUCCCCCGGUUACUCGCCCACCAGCCCCACAUACAGCCUCACCAGCCCAGCCAUCAGCCCGGAUGACAGUGACGAGGAGAACUGAGGGCGUGUGGGGUGUGGCAGCGGGCUAGGGCCCAGGGCAGCUUGCCCAUGCUGCUGUGCAGUUCUUGCCUCCCUCACAGGGCGUCACCCCCAGCCCAGCUCCCUUGUACAUAAAUGCCUUGUGGCAGAGCUCCCGGUGAACUUCUGGAUCCCGUUCCUGAUGCAGACUCUUGUCUUGUUCUCCACUCGUGCUGUCAGAACCCACUGGCCCAGUGGUGGUCUCAUUCCUACCCCACCCACCCCCUGCCUGUCCCCAGAUUGAAGAUCCUUCCUUGCCUGUGGCUUGAUGCGGGGCGGGUAAAGGGUAUUUUAACUUAGGGGUAGUUUCUGCUCUGAGUGGUUACAGCUGAUCCUCGGGAAGAACAAAGCUAAAGCUGCCUUUUGUCUGUUAUUUUAUUUUUUUGAAGUUUAAAUAAAGUUUACUAAUUUUGACCAAAA